AUAGACAGCGGCUGGGGCGGGACCCUUCUGGAAGGUUCUGAGACAGGGUAUAAGAGACAGGGUGGCGGGCGGAAACCGGUCUCAUUGAACGCGGUGUUAGCUUUCUGGGGGUCUUGCGUGGCGUCUUCGUGAGCAGAGUCGGCGCUAGUCGUGAGCAACCAUGUCUAAGGGACCUGCUGUUGGCAUUGAUCUUGGCACCACCUACUCUUGUGUGGGUGUCUUCCAGCACGGAAAAGUGGAAAUUAUUGCCAACGAUCAGGGCAACCGAACCACACCAAGCUAUGUCGCCUUUACUGACACCGAACGAUUGAUUGGUGAUGCUGCCAAGAAUCAGGUUGCUAUGAACCCCACCAACACGGUUUUUGAUGCCAAACGUCUAAUUGGACGUAGGUUUGAUGAUGCCGUUGUUCAGUCUGACAUGAAGCAUUGGCCUUUCAUGGUGGUAAAUGAUGCUGGCAGGCCCAAGGUCCAAGUAGAAUACAAGGGAGAGACAAAAAGCUUCUAUCCAGAGGAGGUGUCCUCCAUGGUUCUGACAAAGAUGAAGGAAAUCGCAGAGGCAUACCUAGGGAAGACUGUUACCAAUGCGGUGGUCACAGUGCCAGCAUACUUUAACGACUCCCAGCGGCAGGCAACCAAAGAUGCUGGAACCAUUGCUGGUCUCAAUGUACUUAGGAUUAUCAAUGAGCCAACUGCUGCUGCUAUUGCUUAUGGUUUAGACAAGAAGGUUGGGGCAGAGAGAAAUGUGCUGAUUUUUGAUUUGGGAGGUGGCACUUUUGAUGUGUCAAUCCUCACUAUUGAGGAUGGAAUCUUUGAGGUAAAAUCUACAGCUGGAGACACCCACUUGGGUGGUGAAGACUUUGAUAACCGAAUGGUCAACCAUUUCAUUGCUGAAUUCAAACGCAAGCAUAAGAAAGACAUCAGUGAGAACAAGAGAGCUGUGCGGCGUCUCCGCACUGCUUGUGAACGAGCCAAGCGCACCCUCUCCUCUAGCACCCAGGCCAGUAUUGAGAUUGAUUCCCUUUAUGAAGGAAUCGACUUCUACACCUCCAUCACCCGUGCUCGAUUUGAAGAGCUGAAUGCUGACCUGUUCCGUGGCACUCUAGACCCUGUAGAAAAGGCUCUUAGGGAUGCCAAGCUGGAUAAGUCACAGAUCCACGACAUUGUCCUGGUGGGGGGUUCUACUCGUAUCCCCAAGAUUCAGAAGCUUCUACAGGACUUUUUCAAUGGAAAGGAACUGAAUAAGAGCAUCAACCCUGAUGAAGCUGUUGCCUAUGGUGCAGCUGUCCAGGCAGCCAUUCUAUCGGGUGACAAGUCUGAGAAUGUUCAGGACUUGCUGCUUCUGGAUGUCACUCCUCUUUCUCUGGGUAUUGAAACAGCUGGUGGAGUCAUGACUGUCCUCAUCAAACGAAACACUACCAUUCCUACCAAGCAAACACAGACCUUCACUACCUAUUCUGACAACCAGCCUGGUGUGCUAAUUCAGGUAUAUGAAGGUGAAAGAGCCAUGACCAAGGAUAACAACCUGCUUGGGAAGUUUGAACUCACAGGCAUACCUCCUGCACCCCGUGGUGUUCCUCAGAUUGAAGUUACAUUUGAUAUUGAUGCCAAUGGUAUCCUCAAUGUUUCUGCUGUAGACAAGAGUACAGGAAAAGAGAACAAGAUUACCAUCACAAAUGACAAGGGCCGUUUGAGCAAGGAGGACAUUGAGAGAAUGGUCCAGGAAGCUGAGAAGUACAAAGCUGAAGAUGAGAAGCAGAGAGACAAGGUAUCAUCCAAGAAUUCCCUGGAGUCCUAUGCAUUCAACAUGAAAGCAACUGUUGAAGAUGAGAAACUUCAAGGCAAGAUCAAUGAUGAGGAUAAACAGAAGAUUCUGGAUAAGUGUAAUGAAAUCAUCAGCUGGCUGGAUAAGAAUCAGACUGCAGAGAAGGAAGAAUUUGAGCAUCAGCAGAAAGAAUUGGAGAAGGUGUGCAAUCCCAUCAUCACCAAGCUGUACCAGAGUGCAGGAGGCAUGCCAGGAGGAAUGCCUGGGGGCUUUCCUGGAGGGGGAGCUCCUCCCUCUGGUGGUGCUUCCUCAGGGCCCACCAUUGAAGAGGUUGAUUAAAUCAGCCCAAGUAGACAGUCUUGUUCCAGUCAAAUGUUUGAAGGACCCAAAUUAGUGAGUUCUGUGGCAGUUUAAAGUUCGGCUGCUAUAAAUUUUACUGAGCAUUCUCAAUACUUGAAUAUGGAACAUUUGUGCACAGGGAAAGGAAAUAACAUUGCACUUUAUAAGCACUGUAUGUAAGUGAAAAAUGCAAUGUCUUAAAUAAACUAUUUAAAAUUGGCAGAA